CCUUGAAAGCAUGCAAAAUCUUUUAACAACGCGAAAGGAACAAACCAUCAUUUCGUGUCAUUGUCUUGAACCAAAACAAAUAUUCUCAAGUACAUUUCAGAAACAACGAACUCUUUAAAUCCCACACAAAAUAUCAUCAAUCAAUCCACCCUGAAAACUUGUACUAAAAAAAGCUGUAGCAAUGACUGACAAAUUCAUAUGCUUUUGCCUCUUCUGUGGCUUAGUGGUAUUCAGUCAGUCAGCUCCUGAGGGUGCACUUGUCACUCAACUUCCUGGGUUUUCCGGCACUUUUCCUUCCAAACACUACUCUGGGUAUGUGAAUAUUGAUCAAAAUCAUGGGAAGAACAUGUUUUACUAUUUUGUGGAAUCUGAAAGGAAGCCAUCAGAGGACCCAGUGGUUCUUUGGCUCAAUGGUGGACCUGGAUGCUCCAGCUUUGACGGCUUUGUUUACGAGCAUGGGCCUUUCAAUUUUGAAUCACCUAAGAAAAAUGAGAGUUUGCCCCAUUUGCAGCUCAAUCUCUAUAGUUGGUCCAAGGUAUCCAACAUUAUAUAUUUAGAUUCUCCAGUUGGGGUCGGGUUUUCGUAUUCGAAGAAUGAAAGCGAUUAUACGACUGGUGACCUACAGACUGCCAUUGACACCCAUGCAUUUCUGUUCAAGUGGUUCGAGCUAUACCCCGAGUUCCUCUCGAACACCUUUUUUAUUGCCGGAGAGUCGUAUGCUGGAAUAUAUGUGCCUACUCUAUCUUUUGAAGUAGUGAAAGGAAUCGAUGCUCACACAAAGCCUGUUCUUAAUUUCAAGGGAUACCUUGUGGGAAACGGAGUCGCAGAUGAUGACUUUGAUGGCAAUGCUCUUGUUCCAUUUGCUCAUGGAAUGGGCCUGAUUUCAGAUGACCUAUACGAGGAGGCUAAAAAUGAGUGCAAGGGUAAUUUCUAUAAUCCACUCACUGAAACUUGUGAGAGCAAACUGGAAAAAGUUGAUCAGAACAUAAGGCAAUUAAACAUAUACAACAUCCUAGAACCUUGUUAUCAUAGCCCCGAAACACCCGAGACUACCGGACUACCUUCGAGCUUCCGAAAGCUCGGUGAGACCGACAGGCCUCUUGCUGUAAGGACAAGGAUGUUUGGCCGUGCCUGGCCAGUUAGAGCUCCUGUAAGAGAUGGAAUCGUUCCAACGUGGCCACAACUUCUCAAUAGCCUAAGUGUUCCGUGCACUGAUGAUGAAGUAGCAACAAAAUGGCUGAAUGACCCUGCAGUUAGGAAGGCAAUUCAUGCUGAAAACGAGGCUGCGAUCGGUGAAUGGGAGUUAUGUACGGACAACAUUUUAUAUAACCAUGAUGCCGGCAGCAUGAUCAAGUAUCACAAGAAUCUUACUUCCAGGGGAUAUCGAGCACUCAUAUACAGUGGGGAUCAUGAUAUGUGUGUUCCAUUCACCGGGACUGAAGCCUGGACAAGAUCGAUCGGAUACGAGAUAGUGGAUGAAUGGAGGCCAUGGACUUCCAAUGGACAAGUUGCAGGGUAUUUACAAGGUUAUGACCACAACUUGACCUUUUUAACCAUAAAGGGAGCAGGACACACCGUCCCAGAAUAUAAACCUCAAGAGGCCUUGGAUUUUUACAGCAGAUUCCUGGCAGGAAAACCUAUAUGAAACUAUUUUUCUUUUAACUUUUAAAUUAUAAUUGCAUGUUGAUGAUAGGUUAUCCACGUAAUUUCUAAAAUUGAAUGUUGUUUUCUUUAGUAUUAGGACCUACUUACA